CUUCCAUGAAUAUGGAGUCUGAUGCGGGUGCCGCCGAACACGACGCGCUGCCGCGACAACCGACGUGGGCGCAUCUCUCCACCAAGUCCGAUCGCGGUGAGGAUGGCAAGGCGACCGAUAUACCCACCGUGUUGAAUCCGUGGACACUCAAUGUGGGCAGCAUGUACGCCUUCCCAAUUUUGGCCCGUCGAUCAAAUUCCAAGCAGCAAAGCGCCCUCCGCGCCCACCUCCCCACCAAACACGACCGAGCAAACUACACCGGGUCCGGCCUAGGCUUUGUCAUGUUGAUUCGGUACACUGACAGUCCUGUGGGACCGUACGAUGAGCUGCUCCUCGUGCCUGGAGCUUUCACGCCUCCAUCACCAGGCAAUCCCAUCGCCAGAACGAAUCACAUGAAGGAAACGUUUCUUCAAGCACAUGGACUGCUCGCCGCCCGCCGCGUGACCCGCAUCUUCGUCUCGACGGAGGCUUCGCUUCGCAACGGUCGACGGAAUUGGGGCAUCCGCAAGGAGCUGGCCGAUUUCACGUGGACGCCACGCCCGACAACGACCUCAUCAUGGAAUUCAAUCGUGGACGUCGUUGUCCGAUCUCGUCUCGAUGGCGAAGUGCUGUGCGACGUCGCGCUCAAAACCGUGCGCACAUGGAGCGUUCCCGCUCGACUGAAUUGGCUGCAAGGAAUAUUGCUGCCACCUUUGGAAGAGCGCGAGAUCGACGAAGAAGGGGUGCCUACUGCAGAGAAUGCAUGGAUUCAAACUGUGCUGGGAGGGAGCCUGCGCAUGCAACCCGCCUCCAUACUCACUGACUCCACACCGCCAUCAUCCACAUCGCAGCGACUCGACCGCUUCCCCAAUCUCCAUGAUUUGAGCCUCUGGCCAGGAGUCCAUGGCACCGGCACAAUCACGUUCACAGCCACGACGACAAGGACGUAUUCCUCGCCAGCUCUGGCCACCCAUCGCCACGACAAGGAUGCAUAGGAUCGUUGGAGCGGAGACCAACCACUUGGUUCCUUCAGCGAUGUGUGACGGAUCUGGCAUUGGCGUGUUUCGAGAAGUAGUCGCCGUCAUAAAUUGCGGACUGUUCCUGCAUGGUGAUGGAAUAAAGUCCUAUUGCAUCGUUCAAUGAUUUCCAAGGCACGGAUGAGGACGUGUGCACGAUGCGAGCGAAGUUGGCAGAGAACAGCGCACGUCGUGAUCAACGCAUUUCGCACGUAAA